AUGGGUGCUCAUCGAAGUGAGGGACGGAGGGAUUGGCUUCAACAAGAUGCUGUUGAACAGCCGCCCAUACAAACUAUGGUGAGCACUAAGCUAAGCAUGCAUUACAAAUAAUACUUUCUUACGAAUUGUGAUUGCUAGACAGUCAUGUUACGAUAAAGUGCACAACUGAGUCUUCUUAAAUGUGCUUCUAUCUGGCUAGCUAUCGCAGAUUGACAGCUCGAGCUCAUUCCUCAACUCUUCCGUGGAAGCGAGGUGAUGAUGUCAUGCGAUUGUAAUUUCUACAGUUUAUAGGCAGGGUAUACACUACAAGUUUCUUUCGUCCCAGACGAAUUUUCAUAAGCGGGGUGAAAUCCUAAGAACUUGAGCUAGGAUCAGUACGUCGGGACUCUCGUAGUUUUGAGAGCACCGAUGAUGAGUGUUCCGUUCUCCAGAUCCCUGUCGUAUGUCCCGAUAAUGCUUAGCUGUGGUAUAUUGUCCAUAUACCACACCCCCUCGGGCCUUAUUGCUUAAAUAUCUACCUGCCCCAGGAUCUGUGCGUUAGAGAUGUUGAAGAUCAGCCUCCCGAGUGGUGCAGUGGUCUAAGCCACUGCAUCGCAGUGCUAGCUGUGCCACUAGAGAUCCUGGUUCGAAUCCAGGCUCUGUCGUAGCCGGCCGCGACCGGGAGACCCAUGGGGUGGCGCAUAAUUGGCCCUGCGUCGUCCAAGGUAGGGGAGGGAAUGGCCGGCAGGGAUGUAGCUCAGUUGGUAGUUAGCCAGGGUUGUGGGUUCAAUUCCCACGGGGGGCCAGUAUGAAACAAAUUAAAUAAAACAUAAUAAUGUAUGCACUCACCAACUGUAAAUCGCUCUGGAUUAGAGCGUCUGCUAAAUGACUAAAAUGUAAAAUGUGUCUCCAAUGCCCAGGAAGCUCCUAUUCAAACUCCCUUUAGACAGCUUUGCAAGCGUUGUAAUGUCAAUAUAGGUUAGUUACUCACCAAAUAUGGAGUUUCACUGAGCAACUAUCUCCAUUUACUCCCAUUACGGCCGGUAUGUACUUCCAAAAAAGGUCUAAACAAAAAUUUACCAAGCAUCCCAAAAAAUGCCUAUUCUGCACUUCCAAUGUAAAUCACUCAUUACUGCUACGCACAGGUCGGACAUCUACAACAGCUAACAGGUCUGCUAACAGACCUGAGCCCUACUGGACCGACAUCAUACGUUACAUUGUACAUCGGGUUAGGGUCGGAUAGGGCUUGUUUUUUCAUCAAUAACAAAGGUACGGGCAGGGCUUGGGUAUCACUAAAUUGAUCGCUAACAUUUUGAAGCUGAGCCAUUUACGCAUUCUCUGCGGCUCAGGACAGUCAUAUCUGACUAAGAUCAUAACAUGGUGUCAGAAGUGCUUCAACCUCAUCAAAUAUAAGACAGGAAGUUUAGAGAGACAACGUAGCUAACGGCUAACUGCGGUCUCGUGUCUCUUCAUUGAGCAGACAGCCCAAGUGGAGCUGUUGCUAUGGAUACUCAGACUCAGAGCUGCCAUGAGCAGAGCGAGCUGGCUGCGUGCAGGGAGUGAGUGAUAGACAGAGGAGCAGCUAAUGGAUUUACUAACAGAGGAAGUUAUUUCUGAUUUCAGGCAGGGCCUUAAAUUUGGCAUAAGCAAUCAUGCCAGGGUAGGGUAGGGCCUGAAUGUCGUGGGCAUAGGUAAUGCUCAGGCUUAAAAUUCAUGCCCGUGCAGGGCUCUAAUUGGAGGUGCCGAAGAGGCGUUCUUUCGUUUGCUUGUACAUCUUUAUGUAGACCGUAACGAGAGUAAAUGAAAGAUAGUUGCUCAGCUAAACUCCAUAUUUGGUGAGUAACAAACUUAUUUUGACAACGCUGGCAGAGCUGUCUAAUGGGAGUUUGAAUCGGAGCUUCCCGGGUGUUAGAGAUUAGACACGUCAUACUCAUCGUUGACAUCUCUAACGCACAGAUACUGGGGCGAUAUCUACCUAGUAUUUAAGAUGUCCCUUAAUGUACUGGAAUGUGUGAAUCAACAUAGCCUUAUUCAUGUGAUGAGAAUGUGAUGAUGACUCUGCUUCAUGCAGUGACUCACUCUGGUGAUGGCCUAAACUCACCAAAGGCGAGUGUGCGAGGCGUGUGUGAUUUAUUUGAGAUUAGAAUGCAGUGUUUUGAAUUAUAAUGACCUAACUGAACCCGGGCGGGGUUGUCCGCUUUGACGCUUCACUCAAUUAAAAUGUCUGUUUUUGUGUUUUAUGGCUGACUCUGUGCAUCCUUUGCCUCUUCUUCCAGAAUCCAUGGAACAUCAUGAUAAAACACAGACAGGUCCAUCGCAGGGGCAGACGCUCACAGAUGACCAUGAGGUAAAUUGACUGACUGUUAAAGGGAUAGUUCACUCAAACACAUUUUUAGUAUUUUGUUAAUUAGUCCACUUUUAAUAGUAAUACAAUACCAAAUAUUGUGCAUGUCAGCAGUCAAGUUUAAGAUAUUGCAUUUUUAGUACAGAGCAAAAACUGUGAUGAUUUGUUUUGUGAGAAUGACUUCACAGACAUAUUUUCCAAACGUUGUGAUAUAGCUAAUCUAUUCACUUUCUUUGUCUAUCUAGCUACACAGAUCCUGUUAUAUCCAUGGACCUCCUCCGAACGGUUCUACAGCCCAGCUUCAAUGAGGACAUUAUGGGAGUGUUCAGAAAAUACAUGAAGGUGAGUCUGCUGGAUAUAUUCUCUUCCAACUUCCAUUCAUUGGAAAUGGCAAUUAUCCCAUUGCUAAGUGAAUAUCUCCUCGCAGUGCGUACUCUCAUGACUUGCAUUUGUUUACUCAUAACUUCAACUAUCGUAAUUCUCUCGAGGGGAUUUGAUCAAAUGUUGAAUCCUUACUCAACACAGCUUCCAUAUUGAACAUGUUUGUUUUGUGUGCACCAGCUCAUGCUUUUUAUUAGCCAUCUUUAAUAGUACCUUUUCAUAUGAUUUAACGAGAGCGCGGAAUGGUUUACACCCUUAACAAAUCUGAAAUGUAAACUAACAAAGUCACUACUUUGCCAUUGAUAUGCUCAAAUACUUUGGCAUUUACUUGCCUCUGAAAUGUGACUCCUUUCUUCUGUGGAGAGCGGUCUUCAUAGUAUGACUUUCUUUACCGCAGUUCUUCGAGAAAGCAGCCAGCAACGUCAAGGAGAACGUCGGGGACGACGUUCAGACCGACCAGCUGAUCCGAGAAGCCUGCAGAAACUGUCUGGAAAAUGUAAGAAAGCAGCUAAAUGUAUUUUAAAGAAGUAUCUCUGUGUAGAUUGUGUGGUUAACACGCAGAGACGUCUAUGUGUAAUGUUCAUUUCCUGUCCCCUGUCAGGCCAAACAUCUCUUCUCAGACGGGGAGAAAGCGGCAGUCGCAAGAACAGGGCCUGAGCCUCCAGUCAAGGUAAAGGAAGGUUUUAAAUGAGUGAAGAGAACGAUGUCUCUUUCUCAAUCCAUCUUUCCUCGAUUCCUCGCAAAGUGCAUUUGAGGAGAGGGCCUUAACUUCUCCUCCAUUAUGGUUGAGAAGGAGGUGAGGAGAUAGGAUGCAAGGGAUUGCAGAAAUACUUAUCUAGAUAGAGCCCAAGUCUCAUAUAAAUGAAGUUGUCACAUAAGUGAAGUUGUUUUAAUGUGAACAUGAUACACUGAUUCACGCUUCCAACAAGUUAUGUUGUUAUUUGAAAGUGAGGAUGCUGGCUGGAAGUAUGAAUGAUUGAUUUCCUCAUUGCAUUAGUCUUAUUGCCUCUAAAACAUAAAUAGAGUUAUUGGAGGGGAAGUAGAGAACGCUAUCGCUGUCACUUCCAUCUCAGCGACAAUAUCUAUUUUCUUACAGCGGGUGAAACUGGAGGAUGAGUCCAGUCAAAGGGCCAGCCCUAUUCCAAAAAAGGUAACCUAGUCUGCCCUUCUUGUAGAAUAAACUUUUAGACUUCAUCAAAAUAAUAAACGUACCCAAAACCCAGAGUAACUGACAAUAUGGUAAUGUAUUUUCUUCCAGCGGAAAGGGCGCCCAACCGCUCCUGUCGGUUCUUACGACAAACCUGUUACAUAUAGCAAUGCGUGAGUGUGUGCUCCUGUUCGACAAGACAUGGUUUCACCUUUCUGCCAGUGAACAGUUGUUUUCUUUGUCAAAACCUACGCAAAAUACAAGUAAAAGCACUGAUGCAUGAAUGCUCAAACUCCAAUUCACAUAUAAGUGAUGGUAGUUAGUCGUCCCACAUCUCAGCAAUGUAUAUCAAGCUUAAGUUGAAUAUUCAAACAUGUAUGCUGUAAAAUGCCAUGAUUCAUAUGCAUGUUCACCCAGCAUAUUCCACUGUUCUGUAGGCCCAGGCCCAAGACAUUGGAGUCUGUAAAGCGUGAGGGACCAAAGGUGAGAGUUUGUUAAUGCAUUUAUUAAUUAGCCUAUAUUUCAUAGUUCUGUGAUAGUCAUCGAUCGAUUACCAUGGAACUAAAACUAAUUUCUCUCAUGCAUUCUAAUAUUUCAAAAUAUUUCCUUUUUGGAUGAAAUCAAGAUUAAAAGUAGGUAGUUUGUUAAUAUUAUGUCCCAUUGAUUUGAGUAUGAUUCCUUUUCUCUAUACAAUCAAUUUAUAUUCUACAGUGGGACCCUUCCAGACUGAAUGAAGAAAGCACAUUUGUUCUUGGGUCCAGAGCAAAUAAGUAAGUGGAAAUUAAGUGGAGAAUUAACAAUGUUCAAUUGACUCACACAAAAAAUAGAAAGAUAAUGGAAAUGAGUUACAUGGAGUGUUACAAUGUCCAACUGUAUAUUUGUCUGCAUUGUUUUUAUGGUAUGUUUCUAAUGAAUCCCAAAAUCCCUGCUUAUCUGUAGGGCUUUAGGAAUGGGUGGCACCAGAGGAAGGAUUUACAUCAAACAUGCUGAACUCUUCAAGGUAAAUCUCUCUCGCGGUCUCUCUCCUUCUCUCUCUCUCUCUCUCUCGUGAUGUACAUUUGGUUGUAUAUCAAACAUACAGAUCUGAUCCUACUGCAUUAUCCCAAAUGUGUUUUGAAUAACAAAAUAAGAGCAAUGAAACAGAGAGAAGUAAAGAAGCAUCAACUAAAAUAUUUAUUUUCCAGACGGUUUAAUUAGUAAUACAUUCAGAGAACAUGCCGGUUUAUUUCUCAAAUUUUAUGCAAAAUAUGUUGUCUCUGUCUAGAAUCAAAAUCGAUAUAUUUUGUCACAAAUGUUAAGAGGUUGAGUAAAAACUAUUUAGCUUAGAUAUUUUUUUUUGUAGUGAAUACUUACGGAGAGUUAUCAGGAAAGUAAGAAGACAGUUCUUCCUUAUUUUUACGAAUAAUAUCUGCUGUCCUUGGAAAUGGCAACAGUUGUUUACUUCGGUUACAGGUAUUCUAAUACAGUUUAGUAAUAGACAAGUCUUUGGCGCAAGAUUCAAGUGACGUUUUUUGUUGUUGUUGAACUUACUCUCUAUGCACUGACUCUAUGCACUGACUCUAUGCACUGACUCUAUGCACACACACACUGGUCUCUACACAAACACUCACACACAUGUACACUGACAUCCCAACACACUACAUACACCCACACACGCAUAACAUGCUCAGUCUAUUAUCUAUCCUGUUGCGUAGUCACCCUACUCCUACCUAUAUGUACACACUACAUAGCUACCUCAAUUACCUCGUACCCCUGCACAUCGACUCGGUACUGGUAUUCCCUGUAUAUAGCCAUAUUAUUUUUACUUGUUAUUGUUUUUCACUAUAUUUAUUCCUCAUGUCACUAUUUUUAUUUUAUCAAUAUCUAAAUGAGGCAAGAACUUGUCCGUGUAGACCGAUUUUAGGGUGUCCAAUCUCUCCAAAAGAAUGUGGUGAUCGAUGGUGUCAAAAGCAGCACUAAGGUCUAGAAGCACAAGGACUGACGCAGAGCCUUGGUCUGACGCCAUUAAAAGGUCAUUUACUACCGUCACUGGUGCGAUCUCAGUACUAUGAUGGGGUCUAAAAUCAGACUGGAGCGUUUUGUAUACAUUAUUUGUCUUCAAGAAGGCAGUGAGUUGCUGAGCCACAGCUUUUACUUAAACAUUUGAGAGGAAUGGGAGAUUCGAUAUAGGCCGAUUUUAUACCCAAAAAAAGAUCCGGACCAAGGAUUGGCUUUUUCAGGAGAGGCUUUAUUACUGCCACUUUUAGUGAGUUUGGUACACAUCCGGAGGAUAAGACACCGUUUAUUAUAUUCAACACAGGGGCGGCCAAGCACAGGAAGUAGCUCUUAAUAGUUUGGUUGGAAUAUGGUCCAGUAGAAAGCUGGAAGGUUUAGAGGCCAUGACUAUUUUCGUGAAUGUGUUUUAACUUUGGAAAGGGACCUGUAAGUAAGCAUUUCACUGUUAGUCUACACCUGUUUAUGAAGCAUGUGACAAAAAAUAUUUAUUUUGAUGAUUUGAUUUGAACUGCCAGGUGAAAGGUUCUAAAUACAGUAUAUAUACAAAAGUAUGUGGACACCCUUUCAAAUGAGUGGAUUCUGCUUUUUCAGCCACACCCAUUGCGGACAGGUGUAUAAAAUCGAGCACACGGCCAUGCAAUCUCCAUAGACAAACAUUGGCAGUAGACUGGCCUUACUGAAGAGCUCAGUGACUUUCAACGUGACACCGUCAUAGGAUGCCACCUUUCCAACAAGUCAGUUCGUCAAAUUUCUUCCCUGCUAGAGUUGGAAACGUCUAGAAGCAACAACGGCUCAGCCGCGAAGUGGUAGGCCUCACAGAACGGGACCGCUGAAGCACGUAGCGGGUAAAAAUCGUCUGUCCUCGGUUGCAACAGUCACUACCGAGUUCCAUACUGCCUCUGGAAGCAACGUCAGCAAAAUAACUGUUAGUCGGGUGCUUCAUGAGAUGGGUUUCCAUGGCCGAGCAGCCGCACACAAGCCUAAGAUCACCAUGCGCAAUGCCAAGUGUCGGCUGGAGUGGUAUAAAGCUUGCCGCUAUUGGACUCUGGAGCAGUGGAAACGCGUUCUCUGGAGUGAUGAAUCACGCUUCACCAUCUGGCAGUCCGACGGACAAAUCUGGGUUUUGCAGAUGCCAGGAGAACGCUACCUGCCCGAAUGCAUAGUGCCAACUUUAAAGUUUGGUGGAGGAGGAAUAAUGGUCUGGGGCGGUUUUUAAUGGUCAGGCUAGGCCCCUUAGUUCCAGUGAAGGGAAAUCUUAAUAGCAUACAAUGACAUUCUAGACAAUUCUGUGCUUUUUGGCAACCGUUUGUGGAAGGCCCUUUCCUGUUUAAGUAUGACAAUGCCCCGGUGCACAAAGCGAGGUCCAUACAGAAAUGGUUUGUCGAAAUCGGUGUGGAAGAACUUGACUGGCCUGCACAGAGCCCAAACCUCAACCCUAUCGAACACCUUUGGGAUGAAUUGGAACGACGAGCAGAAUUUCUAUGAUCUAUGUCAUCAUAGAAAGUAAUCAACAUUCUAAUCAUGCCUCAACAUUCUAUUGCUAUGGUCUCAACCUCUCUCUAAGUCCUUUAUGCCUAUCCUAUUAAUACAAAAAAUGUCCACCUAUUAGAACCUCCUAUAAAAAUUCCCCUGGCCUCAAGGUUUUGUGACGCUGACAUGAAUGGACCAGGUAGAUGACCUCUUGUUUCAUAUGUACAUUGGGAGCUAAAAACGGAAUUGCGGUAGCAGAUACAAUAAAUUAUAAACAGUAAUCAAUCAAAUCUAAAAGUCAAAGAAAUUUGGAAAGUAAUGGCCAUGUGCAUUGAAGGUUGCAUCACUGCUCUAUUAUGCUAACCAACCUGUGAGUGAGACAACCAUCUCCCAGUAUCCCCUACCAUAAACCAUUACAAAGCUUACAUGAUGUAAUAAUACUGUGUGUCUGUGUGUGUUUUCAGUAUGCGGCUGAUGCUCAGGACAAACACUGGUUGGCAGAGAGACAGCAUAUGAGAGCCACAGGUGGAAAGAUGGUAAGAGCUCUGUACCCAACUCUAACCUGGUUGCAGAUCUCUUUGUGCUUUAGCCAAACUCCUCUGUCAUGUUUGUUGUCAUGCAAAGUUGGCUAAAGGACAAACAGGUCUUUGUGGACGACCCUUCCAAAUUCGCAUACAAAUGUGAGUUAUACACUGAGUGUACAAAGCAUUAGGAACACCUGCUCUUUCUAUGGCAGACUGACCAGGUCAAUCCAGGUGAAAGCUAUGAUCCCUUAUUGAUGUCACUUGUUAAAUCCACUACAAUCAGUAUAGAUGAAGGGGAGGAGACAGGUUAAAAGGAUUUUUAAGCCUUGAGACAAUUGAGACAUGGAUUGUGUAUGUGUGCCAUUCAGAGGGUGAAUGGGCAAGACCAGCGGUUCCCAAACUAGAGGUCGUGACCCCAUGAAAAUGAUUCAACUCUAAAAGAUAAAAUUCAACCAGAGAGUGCCCUUAGACCAUUGCACUUGAAUCAUUCCUACGGUGAAUGGCUAAGCCCGCUACGCUAUGAAACCACACACUAUUGCAGAGACUUUGAUAUUACCGGCCGCAAUUGAUAUGGUGAAAGUAAUGUGUAGGGAGGCAGAGGCACAUAAACUCACAUUAAUACCUUUGUCAGAUAACACUGUUAAUCGAAUAAUUUAUGCUAUUGCUAGCAAUCAAGAGGAAACUGACUGAACGACUCAAACUCCCCAGCUUAAGCUCGGCCCUCACGUUAGCUGUGAGGGCAGAGAUGCCCAUGCAUUGACUUUUGUUCGCUAUACAUGUUGGGGGAUGCUUUUCACAAGGACAUAUUGUUCUGUCUCACGAUUCCCGAGCAUGAAACGGCACAGGGGAUGUUCAGUGUGCUGCGUGGCUAUAUUGACGAAAAACCGAUUCUGUGGGAUCGAUUGGUGGACUUUUGCACAGAUGGGGCUCCUUCUAUGGCGGGACGGCAGGCAGGCCUCUGCACUCUAGUUAUGAAUGUGUCUCCCUCUGCCAUAUGGACGCAUUGUAUGAUACACCGAGAGCAACUGAUGGCAAAAGAGCUGAGCGCAUAACUCUGCGAUAUACUGCAACAGGUAACUUUGAUUGUAAACUACAUCAAACCACAUCCACUGCGCACACGCCUGUUCACAAAACUACGUGGAGAUAUGGGAUCAGAGCAUGACAAUGAUCUGUUUCACACCAAGGCUUGGUGGUUAUCGAAGGGGAGUGUUGGAAAGAGUUUUCACAUUGAGAGAGGAACUGUUGUCAUUCACAAUGGAUGUAAAAAAAAAUAACUUGGUUGACUUUCUGUAUAAUGAAAAGAAAAUGUCUCCUUGCCUAUGUAACAGGUAUUUGGGAAACUGAAAGAACUGAACGCAAGCAUGCAGGGGAAAUACAAAAACAUUCUACAGAUGAGUGACCGACUCAGUGGAUUCAGAGGAAAGAAGUAUUUUUAAAAGCGAACUAUGCCACCUUCCUAACAGAAAACAGCAUCAGUAAGUGUCCCACUCGAGUGAUGACUGCUCACCUCCAAUGCUUGGAAGAGCAUUUUGGGACCUACUUCCCAAUCCAUUGGACUGUGAUUCUGGCUCAGUUGACAUGCCAUUAAGUGAAAUCGAACAGCUGAUCGAGCUGUCAUGUGACCGAAUACUGCAGACAACGCAUUCACGGGUCACUACGGAGGAGUUUUGGGCCCUGACUCAAAGGGAAUACCCUGCCGUCUCCCUCUGAGCAUUAAUGCCGCAUUCAAAACAACUGGGAACUCUGAAAUCUCCUACUUCAGUGCGUUCAAGACAACUGGGAACUCUGAUAAAAACAAGCUUCGACUAGGAAAAAUAGUUUUGAAUGGUCAUCCAACUCGGAAUUCCAACUCGGGAACUCGGGCCUCUUUCUAGAGCUCAGAGCUCAUGAUUUUACCCCGUAUUUUUCAAAGUUCCCAGUUGUUUUGAAAGCACCAUAAAAACUCAUGGUACCUUUCGCCAGCUCAUUGACUGUCAUAGCCCCACAUUUAAAAGUAUGUGAUGGUGAGUUGAGAAGAUAAUCAGAAAUACUGUUAAUGUUUUUCAAUUGACUGCCACAGCCCCAAAUAAAGUAAACAUUGGCUGUUAAUUACAUAAUUUUAUUCACAUGGUUGGGGCCGCAAGAAUUUUCGCAUCAAAAUGGGGUCGUGGGCCAUAAAAGUUUGGGAACCCCUGGGCAAGACAAAGAUUGAAGUGCCUUUUGAACAGGAUAUGGUAGUAGGUGCCAGGUGCACCGGUUUGAGUGUGUCAAGAACUGCAACGCUGCUGGGUUUAUAGUAAUUUAGUAUGUUAAAAGCUGCUUUUCUGUGUUGGAAUGGUGUGUGCAUACCCCAACAACAGAAUGCUGUGGGCGUAUACUGGUCAUAAUAAAUAUUAAUGUGAGUUGGCCAGCUCAUCCUCCUCUAGACCGCUGAUUGGCCAGCUCAUCCUCCUCAGGAGUAUGACAUGGUAAGCAUUUUCUAAACGGUCUGUGUGAGACAACUUUGAGGUGGGGUUUUUGAAGUUUUUUUUUCUUCUCCAAUUUAUGCAUUGGCCACAUUAUUUGGGUAUGCGUUAACAGAAUAUGAACAUUUAAAAGUUAGAUUUUCACUGGACAGUUACUUUAAGCUGCUUUCUGCUUCGUAAGCACUAGCUUCAAACAGCUUAAAAUACAAUAUCUUUGCUUAUUGAAAAUAUAUUUCACAGUGGUUUAAGAUUGUAUGAUUCUCUACACUUUUACUUAUUUUGUCACAGAAGCUGAAAUUAAGCGAACGUGAUAGAAUUUAGCAACCAGGUAAUGGCGGAGCGAUUUCUACAUAUUGUAAUGUAUGAACAAAUGCAAGCUAAUCUGAACAUUUAAUGAUUUUAUAGGCCUAUCUCCUUAUCGAAGAGGACGUCCAGGACCUUUCUCUGAGUGACGAUUACAAGUAAGGAAAACAUUUUGUCGGCCCACAUCUUAUCCAGUAAGUGUCAAUUAAUCUGUCAUUGAACUGAGUAUCUUCGAUGGAUAUUCACUUCUUAAACCAGGCACACUUAACCUGGUGGCCACAGAUGAGUUGGCCAUAGCCUACAGCUCAAACAGGCUAAAUCAAGCUCAAUGGGUGUUACACUGGUGUCAGGAUGAGAUUAUGAUUCUGUUGUGUGUUGUUUAUUUGAUGUUUUUUCCAGAGAUUGCCCCGACCUGAAAAUGACCCCAAUUGAAUUAAAGCCUUUUACGGUUCCCGGAUGGAUGAUUGAGAAGAUGCAGAAGGCCAUGGAG